CCCAUCGUCGUCUCUCGCGUCCUCCUCGUUCUUCGUUCUCGUCUCCUGACAGACUCUCUCUCUGCACGCCCCCGUCGUUCCUUUUGCAGCACACUCGUUUCGUUCGGAUAUUCAACAAUGUUCGCCUCUGUCGCUGUUCUCGUAUCCCUUGCGGCCUCUGCUAUGGCGAAACCCUAUUUGACAUCUCCCGUCGCUGGUUCCGUUUGCAGUGGCGGCUCGAUCUGUAACGUUAACUGGCAAGAUGACAACAACACUCCUUCGCUUAAUGAUUUCGGUGACGCCAAAGUCGGUAUUUAUGUCGGAAAUGUGAACCAGCAGACCAUGGUCCAGAGCAUUUCAGACUCUGUUAACGUCGCGACAACCUCGUCCAUUGCCUUCACCGUUGACCCUAACGCCGGCCCUGACGACGAUAUCUAUUUCAUACGUUUCGAUUCAAUCAAUGGAAUGAAUGGAUCUACUCCUUUCCAGGCUUUCUCUGCCAAGUUCACUCUAAAGAACAUGUCAGGUCAAUUUAACUCAACUGUCCAAGCUCAGAUUAAUGCCGCCGAUGGCGCAGGCCCGUCUUCAAACGCUCCUGCAUCGGCCACCGAUUCAUCGUCGUCUCUUACUACGAAAGUUGCAAGCUCAGCAAGCAAGGCCACUGGUUCGAAUACCGCUUCCCCCUCCGCGUCUGGCAGCUCCGGAUCUGCAGCAAGCAGUGCAAGUCGUGCUGGUGUUGCAGGCGGUUUACUCGGUGCUUUUGGGUGCUUCGCGGCUCUACUUGGUCUUGCUAUCUAAGUAUACCAUUUUUCUACUUCUACUAUCCGUAAAUUUCGUCCUUCGUCCUUCUGCCGGGAUUGGAUCGAUUCAUGACUGCUUUUGGUUGGGUUUACAUCGUUAAAUACUAUCUAAUCUUGAAUGGCUAAGUAACUCAAUAGUCCAUGUGUCGAAUGAGAUACACGUCUGCUAAGUCAGAAAUGAUGCUUAUACGCCUUCGGACGAUUCCCUUGGAUGGUUACAUAAAUUAGUUGCAUGGAC